AUGGCUCUAACUCAACGCUUGUCUUCUAAACCGGCAGAGGAGAAUGAAGAGCGCACCAUGAUUGAUCCCAACUCAAAGGAGGAAGCCAAAUUUAAAGAACUCAUCAAGGUAAGGGCUUCAUUGAUUAGUAGCUUUGCCUUUCUCUGAUGCAAGAACACACACACUUUUCCAAAUUGGAGUAGAAAACUGGCUGGAUGUGCAGCUGCUGCCUGCCUGGAGGUGGUAGAAAGGACGGUGCCAUUUCAGAUUCAAUGCAGGCAGGCAAAUCACACUUUUAAUGCCCCCCCCAUUGAAAAACAAAACUGCACAGGGAGGAAAGUCGCAGCAUUUCUGUGAAUCAUUCUCUGUGACUUUGGUUCCACAGAAGGAAGUCCCCAUCAAGUUGGAGAUAAAAGUGUGUCCUGAGAAACGAAGCUAUUGAUAUCUGGUGGUGAUACCUUCCAAAGCAAAGUCCCAGAAAAUUCAGCUUAGUCUAUACAGAGGUACCUUGGUUUACAACCAUAAUCUGUUCCGGAGGUCCGGUUGUAAACCAAAACAGGUUGUAACCCAAGGCGCGCUUUUGCCAAUGGGGCCUCAAAAAAAAAAAAAAGGGUUGUCAUCCAAAAAAAGGGACACGCACUUCUGGGUUUGACGUGGUUGUAAUCCAAAACAGUUGUAAUCCAAAACGGUUACAAACCAAGGUACCACUGUAUUUGUCUGUCGCCUGAGGAAGCAUGUGGGUGGUAGAUUCAGAGCUGCCGGCACUGUGUGUGUUUGGAAAUGAUUAGAACAUUAACUGUCAUAGCUUUGGGCAAGACCAACAGUAGAAUCAAGUGCAGAACAGAAAGGGCUAAAGGAAGUUCUCCCCGGGGUUAUCAGUAAUAGCUGACUUGCAAGUUUUUCCAUAACUUGGAAGGUAGCUCAGAUGGAAUAAUAGGAUCAUUUUUAAUUAAAUAGCUUAGACUAGUUUGAAAGAUCUGGUGGCAGUCAUUGGAAUGCAUCUUGAAUUAAGUACUGUAGUGCACAAUCUAUUGCACAAUGGCUUUGCAAAUCUUUUUGGAUUUUCCAGUGUAUGUUGGUUUUAAAAUUAUGCACACCCACGUAAUGUACAGGACUUCAGGACUGGAAAAUCACCUUGCCUGAAAAAUCUUCUCUCUUUGCACAGAGCCAUAACUUAGCCACACAUAAGCUUUUUUUUGUUUAGACCUCUUAAUCCACAAAUAGCAUUUAUAUACUGUACCGAGUAAAGUAUCUUCCGGGUGCAGAUCAGGGAGAGCAGGGGGCAUCGGGGCGUUGAUAGCAUUUUUACCCUCUUCUUGCAGGUCAGUCACUGAAAAAAAGGGAAACCCAACAGACAUUAGUAAAUUCCCAGUUUGUCCGUUUGCUUCGCUGAUACUGAUAUUUUUAGUUGGUUCACUAGGGUAUAGAUCCGGGACGAGGAACUAGGUCUAGUUGGUGAGCCAGAUGGUUAUCUCCCCACCUUUUGUGGGCUAAUUUCUGACUGGUGGGUGGAGCUGCCCACCUGUCAAUCACUUGAUGUCGCAGUAACAUCAGACGAUCCUUUUUUGCCUGCAUGGGGCUUGCAAGUGUUUUGCAAAGUGCUAUUUUUGUGAGAUGCAGCCGAAGAAUUUAAUUCUAAUACAGGAAAUCUGGCACCAUAAUAAAUUUCUUAGUUUUCCAGAAAAGUCUGCUUGACUUGAGGUCCACCCCCUUAAAAGGAUAGAAACUAAAUAAUGUAUUAGGACCAACCAAGUAAUCUAUGUCUUUCCUUUAUUGUCCCAGGUUUUAAUUGACUGGAUAAAUGAUGUCCUGGUUGAAGAAAGAAUCAUUGUCAAGCAGCUUGAGGAGGAUGUCUAUGAUGGGCAGGUGCUACAGAAGCUCUUGGGUGAGCGGCUGCUGUAGGCAGGUGGCAGUGGACUGAGGGCUGGAGCUGGACCGAGGGAAUCUGGCUUUGAAUCACCACUCAGCCAUGUUGGUCGCUGAGGAAAAGCAGGAUUUGCUAAAACAAAAGGGCUGUGUUUUGGACUUGAGACUAAUGAAAAGGAGGCAACCGUACCCUUUUGCUUCCAUUUUUCAUUGACCGUAGUUCAACGUUACAGUAUUUCCAUAGCUUCAACUGGUCAAUCUUAAGUAUGUUUUUUGAGGCAAGCCAACUGCACAAACCAUGGUUUGAGGUUAACCACCGGUCUGUCGAAACGAGCCAAGAUGGGGCAAGCUUUGAUUAAUCAAAAAGUGGAAGCAAAAGGCUCUCCUUGUGGCCCUGCCAGAUGAGGAGAGAGAUGGUUCUUAUAAUGCUAAACCAGGGGUAGGCAACCUAAGGCCCAGGGGCCAGAUCCGGCCCAAUCACCUUCUAAAUCUGGCCCAUGGACGGUCUGGGAAUAAGCAUGUUUUUACAUGAGUAGAAUGUGUUCUUUUAUUUAAAAAGCACCUCUGGGUUAUUUGUGGGGCCUGUCUGGUGUUUUUACAUGAGUAGAAUGUGUGCUUUUAUUUAAAAUGCAUCUCUGGGUUAUUUGUAGGGCACAGGAAUUCUUUCUUUCUUUCUUUUUCAAAAUAUAGUCCGGCCCCCACAAGGACUGAGGGACGGUGGACCGGCCCCAGUAGGGAACCAAGCCAGGAAGUUGCACUUAACCAUUCCUUGGUUAAUGUAUUUCAAUCAAGCCUGUGCAUGAAGCCGCGGCUUAUGAUUCUUUGCUUGUUUGAAAGCCUUUAACCAUCAUUCCCAGUUCACACGUAAUGGGAAGCUAUAGUUUACUGCCACUUGACUCUCAUGAAGGGGCUUCCAGGUGCAGAUCCUUUGUUUAUGAAGCCAGGAUUUGAGUGGUGUGAACCAGGUGAAUGAGACCGCCUUAGUUCCUGGUCUGUGACAGCUUGACCUCAGUGGUCCAUGACUGAUUACUGUAAUAUGCUUUAUGUGGAGCUGCCCUUGUAUCUGGUCUGGAAGCUUAACCGUUUGCAAAAUGCAGGAGCCCCAAUGCCUUAAGAACUGUCUGAUCCCUUACACUCCGCCUUGAUCACUGAGAUCCUCUGGUGGGUCACUCCUGCCAGUUCCCCACAUCCCUGGGGUUUAGUUGGCCUCCCCUGGGGUCCAACCCUUUAGUACUGCAGGCCCUGUCCUGUGGAACUCCCCAGCACUGGGCAUUUGGCAGAAACCACCCCUCCCUUCUUUCAGACAUGUUUUGGAAGCCAUCUUUGUUUAUGGACAGGCCUUUGAAAUAUGAAUUUUCUCUUUUUAACCAAUCAGAUUGGAUUUAUUGAUGUUUUUAGUGGAUACUUUUGUUGAUUUUAUUCUUAUUGAAAUAUAAGCGUGGCUUAUAACCAUCUUAAAAUAUAAAUAAAUUUUAAUUUCAAAAAGCUGAUGGGUUUGUACCUGGCCAGGUGAGGAACUGGCUGCAGGGGGUCCAUGUUCCCCAUCCCUUUUGCGCUACCUGAAGAAUCUUGUUUCUGCUUGUCUCUUUUCCCAACCCAGAGAAACUUGCUGGCCGUAAGCUCAACGUGGCCGAAGUGACACAGUCGGAAAUAGGCCAGAAACAAAAGCUGCAGACUGUCUUGGAAGCUGUCCACGAUUUGCUGCGACCCCAUGGCUGGGCCAUCAAGUGGAACGUGGACUGUAAGAAGCUUGUCUGGGUUGGGUUUGCCGUGGCUCCAGGGCAGAGUUGCUCCACUGCCAGCCCCUUUUGUCUCCACUCAGAUAGCAAGACUGGGGAAGAUCUUUGCUUGAGACCUUAGGAGAGCAGCUGCCAGUCAAAGUAGAGAGUACUGGUCAGGUAGACGCACAUCUGUGUAAGGCAGCCUGGUGUGAUCACAGAAAUCCCCCUGCCCUGGCACUAGGCAGCUUAGCAAAGGCAAAACAGUAUUCUGCAACUCGUGUACAUUAUGCAAAAUGGCUUGAUUUGUGUCAUUUAGCUCAUUUUGCAUGAUUUCUGCCGCUCAUGGGGGAGGAGCAAGUUGCCAUACAGGACACUGAGCCCCACUGACCACUCAAAGCUCUUAUUGAGACACCGUUCUGAUGUCAGUUUUCAUCUGCUGUUCCCCAUAUGUUCCACCAUAUUUUUGUACCCGUGACUAAGAACCUGCUUUUUUCAACUCCUCGAGUGGUUUAACAGUCAAUCCCUCUUGCGCAUUGUAGCUCUGAGAGGGGAAUAGGCACCCUUGAAAAACUACAGGUCCCAUAACUCUUUGGGGGAAGCCAUGAAUGUUUAAAGUGGUCCCAUGGCGCUUUCGGUGUGUGGUUUGAAUGUGACCUGAGAGAGACCUGGUGAUGCAAGCAAAAGGAAUCGGGGAGGAAUAAAGAUUCCCCCAGCUAACUUGCAGUUGCCGUGGGUGGGGGUUGGAGUGGAAAAGAUGUGCAGUUCUGAAGAAGAGACUCUGUGGAAGACCUAACGGAGAGGCAGGGUUCUUGGGGCCCCUGGAGGCAGAGGGUCAACCCCAGAUCACCGAUCCAAAACUUACCCAGAAAAUGUUUUCCCUUAAUUGCCUUUUAAAAUUUGUGUGUCUCUAUAUACCUGUGUUUCCCUUCAAGCAAUCCAUGGCAAGAACCUGGUGUCCAUUCUCCACCUGCUUGUAGCUCUGGCGAUGCACUUCCGGGCUCCCAUCCGACUUCCUGAACAUGUUUCUGUGCAAG